AUCAACGACUUUAUAUAACAUGGGUGACCUACAACAGGGAUCUACUAUAGCUACUGCGGAAAGUUUAAGUCAUAUUUCAAGCAACUAUCAUGCUAUGACCCAAUCCCCUUCUACGAGAUUGUUUAAAGAUAGUCCAUGCAAGAUCUUUAUUGGACAGUUACCGUCAAAUGUAGUGGAAGAGGACCUUCGCAGGAUUUGUGAACCCUAUGGAACUGUGCUAGAAACAACUAUUGUCAGGAAUCGUAUGACCAAUCAGUCAAGGGGUUGUGGAUUUUGUGUCUUUCAUAAUAGGGAAGAAGCAGACAACGCCAUUCAGGCUCUCCACGGUACGAAACCUUUUCCCAGUGGUUCCAAACCGUUACAAGUACGACUAGCUGAGAAGAAUAGCGACUUUUCAGAAACCAAACUUUAUAUUGGUCACUUGGAACCUAUUGUGGAAGAACAACAACUACGAAAUGCUUUUACCAAGUUUGGAGAGAUAGUGGACGUCAAUAUUGUUCGGCCUAGGAAUGUGGAUAAUCAACAUAACUCACCUUACAACUAUGGAUUUGUAGAAUUUUCUGGUAACGAAGCAGCGGAUAAUGCUAUUUUAUCUGCAAAGAAUGGACAAGUGUGGUUAGAAAAUGGGAAGCCUUUGACUGAAGUGAGAUAUGCGAGACUUUCACGCAAUCGUUAUGGAAGAAAUAGCGAUGGAUAUUACAAAGAACGUGGUAUUCCAGAAGCUAUGCUUUAUGAUCCUAAUGUUGCAUUGGAAGGUUGGCCAGGAAUGGAUACGAAUGCUUUAAGUUCACCUCCUAUGAUACCCUCCACUUCUUAUUUUCCUCCUCCUCCUUUCAACUAUUUUCCCUUUUCCAAUCAUGUUGCUAGUCAUGUUAUGUUGGAUUCGAAUGGAAAUGAAGUGACUACUCCCAAGAGUUCAGAUAAUGAAGAAGCCAAUUCACAAGAAGGCUUUGUGAAUCAACCUAAUUUAGUCAAUUAUUUUCCAUAUGGUAUGUAUCCUAGUGGUCCUGCAUUAGGUGCUAUGUGGAAUCCUGAAUAUGGAGAUCCCAAAAACCAAUAUAGUUCAACCAAUUGGUUUCCAUCUAUGUAUCCUUAUUCACCGGAAUAUGCGGAAUACUUGGCUGCUGCUGCUGGUGCCAAUGCGCCUUCCUUUGAAACACAACAGAAUCGAGUUCGAGGUCCAUCUGAAUGCAACUUGUUUGUAUACGGAAUUCCACCUGAUUGGGACGAUGCAAUGUUGGCUAAUUUGUUUCUUCCUUUUGGCAAGUUGCUUUCUUCGAACGUGUUUAUUGAUAAGCGUACACAAAGGAGUAAAGGAUUUGGCUUUGUAAGUUAUGCUUAUCCUGACUCGGCACAUAUGGCUAUUGCCAUGUUGAAUGGAAUGACAUUACCAAAUGGUAGAACACUCAAAGUUUCUUUAAAGAAAGAGAAGAAUGAUAACAAUUCAGAAUAAAUAUUUCUCUUUCAUUGAUUGAUCGAUCAUUGCAUA